GACGCUCGGGGACCGGGCGGGAACACCAGCUCCGGCUAGGCACGGUCACAACCGCCGGGGACGCCAACACCCUGGAUCCCACGACCCGGUCCCCGCGGGCCUGCGCGCGCGCGGAAUCAAACCCGGAGGCUCCGGAAGCGUCCCGGGCUCCCGGCGGCCUUAGACGGCAGCGGCGUGACCCGUGGGACCCGUGCAGUCCUCCGUGCCGCCGCGCGAGGGCGCUGCGGGUGCAUCCGCGUGCCUGCCGUGGCGGGGCGCGGCCGCGCGGUGUCGCUGCGGGCGGCGGCCUGGGGCCAGCGCGGCCUCUCCCGUGGGGCGGGGCAGGACGCGGCGUCGCGCGGCGCUUCCGCAAGUGUGGAGCUGCUGCGGGAUGGCUUCGCUGCUGCUGCAGCUGGCGGGGCUCGUCGUGGCGCUGGCGGCCGCCGCGCUCAUUUUGGUUUCUGUCAUCGCAUUUAUAACUGCUACAAAAAUGCCACCACAUCACCGACAUGAAGAAGAGAAAUUCUUCCUCAAUGCCAAAGGUCAGAAGGAAACAUUACCCAGCAUCUGGGACUCACCUACCAAACAGCUGUCCGUGGUCGUGCCUUCCUACAAUGAAGAGAAACGGUUGCCUGUGAUGAUGGAUGAAGCCCUGAACUACCUGGAAGAGAGACAGAAGCAGGACCCUAAGUUCACAUUCGAGGUGGUCGUAGUUGACGAUGGCAGUCAAGACCAGACGUCAAAGGUCGCUCUGAAAUACUCCCAGAAAUACGGAAGUGACAAAGUCCGAGUGGUAACGCUGGUGCGGAAUCGUGGGAAAGGCGGUGCUGUCAGGAUGGGUGUUUUCAGUUCUCGAGGAGAGAAGAUCCUCAUGGCUGAUGCUGAUGGAGCCACGAAGUUUCCAGAUGUUGAAAAACUAGAAAAGGGGCUGAGCGCUCUCCAGCCAUGGCCUGAUCAAAUGGCCAUUGCUUGUGGGUCUCGAGCUCAUUUGGAGAAAGAAUCCAUUGCUCAGCGCUCCUACUUCCGUACUCUGCUUAUGUACGGGUUCCAUUUCCUGGUGUGGUUCCUUUGUGUCAAAGGAAUCAGGGACACGCAGUGCGGGUUCAAAUUGCUAACCCGAGAGGCAGCAGCCCGGACCUUCUCAUCUCUGCACAUCGAGCGAUGGGCAUUUGAUGUAGAACUGCUGUACAUAGCGCAGUUUCUUAACAUUCCAGUAGCGGAGGUUGCCGUCAACUGGACUGAAAUUGACGGUUCUAAGUUAGUUCCGUUUUGGAGCUGGCUGCAGAUGGGCAAAGAUCUCCUUUUUAUCCGACUUCGGUAUCUGAUGGGUGCCUGGAAGAUUGAGCCAACAAGGAAAACGAGUUAGUUUGCUGUCAGGGCUGGACUCCAUUUUUACCUGCUGGUCUCAUGCAAUUUCACUUGAAAUCAGAGUUUUUCAAUAAAGCUGCGAUGGGCCCAUUGUCCCUAUCCGCCUUUGUAUGCUCUGAAGAAUUAACUCCCAUGAAGAAACCAUGAGAUGUCCUUUGGGACAAAUAAAUUUUUAAGUAUUUGUGUCAUAA